AGUUGUUUCCUGAUAUUUCUUCAAGCAUAGGCCUACCCUUUGGAUAACCCUGUUUUUUUACAUCAUAAUGCUAUGAAAUGUCGAUUAUUCAUUUGGGAAAGUUCUGCAUAGAUGCCAAUUUACUGUCAGAACGUCUGUGAGCAAGCCCUCACUUGACGAUUUUACAGUCAGGACAGCACUCACUCACAGCCUUCACGAACUUGCCGACAGCGCGCAUGUGAGUCCUUGCGUGGGGACAAUGGCAUUGUCAUUUUUAAGAAGCAAGCUGAACAUGGCUGAGAAAUCCCCUCUCCAGGAAAGAUACCAAGCCUGCAUGAUCCUGAGUGGAGCUGGAGAUGCACUGGGGUACAACCGUGGCAACUGGGAAUUUGAGCCAGAUGGCGAAAAAAUCCAUAAGGAGGUAGCAGCGAGAGGGGGCUUGGAGAACCUGGAUGUUAAGGAGUUUCCUAUUAGUGACGACACUGUCAUGCACCUUGCAACAGCUGUAGCCUUAGCGGAAACUGGCAAAGACGCAUCAGUGAAAGACUUGUAUGGCACCUUGGUCAAAAAGUACAUAAAGUGUAUGGAUGAUAUGGAUGGCAGGGGCCCAGGUAACAUGUGCAUGAGAAGCACUGUCUAUUUAAAGGCAAACCAGGCGGGAGACUGGAGGAUCCCUUUCAGCAAAGUUGGUGGGGGCUGUGGUGCUGCCAUGAGGGCCAUGUGUGUGGGCCUGCGCUUCCCCAGGCCUGAGCAGGAGCGCCUCCUGGUGGCCGUGAGUGUGGAGAGCGGCCGCAUGACCCACCACCACCCCACGGGCUACCUGGGGGCGCUGGCCGCUGCGCUGUUCACAGCCUACGCGGUGAGGGGCGCACCACGGGUAGAGGCCUGGGGCCAGGGUCUGAUGAAGGUGCUGGAGAAGGCCAAGGAGUAUGUGCAGCAGGAGGGCUAUUGUGUUGAAGAAAACCUGAAACAUUGGGACUACUUCGGGGGCAGCUGGAGAAAAUACCUUCAGCAUAGAGGAAUCCUUGAAGGGACUGGCAAAGCCCAGUUCCCAGAUGACUAUGAAGUGACGGCGAGGGAGAAUUUCUACAGGUCAGUCAGCUUCGAUGGAACAGGCGGUGCCAGCGGACACGAUGCACCCAUGAUCGCCUACGACUCACUGCUGCGGGCUAGGGACUCGUGGACUGAGCUGGCCAAUCACGGCUUCUUCCACGGAGGUGAUAGUGACUCCACUGCUGCCAUUGCUGCUGCCUGGUGGGGUGCCCUCUACGGGUUUCACAACGUGCCCCCCAAAAACUACCAAAAGCUUGAGUACUACAGCCGCCUAUCUAAUGUGGCAGAUAAGCUUUACAAGCUGAGGGGUUUGCCACUCUCAUGAUGGCAGGAUUCUGCAUGAUGCUGUAUUAUCUAUUUGUUUCAGAGUUUGUACGGGUGCUUGAAAUCCUUGAAAAUGCUUGAAUUUUAAUGUUGCGUUUUCAAGGUUUGAAAAGUGCUUGCAUUUCGGAUAAAGUGCUUGAAAAUGCU